AUGGUGGUCAAGAUCAAUGGAGGAAGCAUAGUUGAGAUGCAAGGAGAUGAGAUGACCAGGAUCAUAUGGGAUCUGAUCAAAGAGAAGUUAAUCUUACCUUAUGUCGAUCUUGACAUACAUUUCUUUGACUUGGGCAUCGAAAACAGAGAUGCUACGAAUGACCAAGUUACCAUCGACGCAGCUGAAGCGACUUUGAAAUAUAAUGUAGCUGUGAAAUGCGCCACUAUCACUCCAGAUGAGGCUCGUGUUGAAGAGUUCAAAUUGAAGAAAAUGUGGAAAUCGCCCAACGGAACGAUUCGUAACAUUCUUGGAGGAACCGUUUUUCGUGAACCAAUAAUUGUGAAGAACGUCCCACGACUUGUUAACUGUUGGGUUAAACCUAUCAUCAUUGGUCGUCAUGCACAUGCUGAUCAAUACAAGGCCACAGACUUCGUCAUUCCUGGAGCCGGGAAACUUGAAAUUAAGUUUAUUCCUGCCGACGGAUCAGAAGAGAUUCGGCAUGAAGUGUUUAAUUUCAAAGGGCCCGGAGUGUCGCUCUCCAUGUACAAUACUGAUGAGUCCAUCAAAAAUUUCGCCCAUGCAUCUUUCAAAUAUGCCCUUCAGAGAGGAUAUCCUCUCUACUUGUCCACAAAGAAUACCAUCCUGAAGAAAUAUGAUGGCCGAUUUAAGGACAUUUUCGCUGAAAUUUACAAGGAGUAUGAAGCUCAGUUCAAAGCCGCGGGUAUCUGGUACGAACAUCGCCUCAUCGACGAUAUGGUUGCUCAAGCCAUGAAGAGCGAAGGCGGAUUUGUUUGGGCCUGCAAGAAUUAUGAUGGUGACGUCCAGUCUGACUCUGUUGCUCAAGGAUACGGUUCACUUGGACUUAUGACCUCAGUAUUAGUCUGCCCCGAUGGAAAGACCGUUGAGGCUGAAGCUGCUCAUGGAACUGUCACUCGCCACUAUCGUAUGCAUCAAAAAGGACAGGAAACCUCUACUAAUCCUAUUGCCUCUAUUUUUGCCUGGACUCGAGGAUUGGCUCACAGAGCUUUGUUGGACAACAACACUGCCCUCCGUUUGUUCGCUGAAAACCUUGAGAAGGUAUGUAUUGAAACUAUGGAAGCGGGUUUUCUCACUAAAGAUCUCGCUAUAUGUAUUAAGGGGAUGAGCAAUGUUACCCGCUCAGACUACUUGAACACUUUCGAAUUCCUCGACAAGCUGGCGGAAAACCUUGCAAAGAAACAAUCUCAACUUUAA